CCUAGUCGGCACGGUUUAUGGGGAAGCAGCAAGAUAUAAAAGUCAUUGUAGGGCUAUCAAGUGUCUACUCAAAACUCACCCCUCUCCGUUUAAGAAGGGGACGAUUAACCAGACAGGCAGAGACAGACAGAUAGAAAGACAGUGCUGGAUGAAUCAAUCCAUGCUCGUUCCUUCCCAUAGACAGGCGACAGACGCUCAGCACACUGAGAGUCAGUCAGUCAGUCAUUGCACGAUGAGCUUGAACGUCCCAGGAUUGGUAGUGAUGGUGCUCUUCUACCUGCUGGUGCUGGGCACCGGCAUCUGGGCCUCCAUGAAGUCCAGGCGGCUGCAGAAGAGCAUGCAGGCAGACCGGACAGAGAUCACCCUGCUGGGCAACAGAGGGAUCAGCAUGGCGGUGGGAGUCUUCACCAUGACAGCUACAUUUGUUGGAGGGGGCUUCAUCGUUGGUAUGACAGAGGCAGUGUACACUCCAACCAUGGGUCUGACCUGGGCUGUCAUACCAGUAACAGCAGCCAUGUCUUUCAUUGUUGGUGGACUUUUCUUCGCCAAGACAAUGAGAGACAAAAAAUAUGUAACGAUGAUGGACCCGUUCCAGAUCAAGUAUGGAAAUGCAAUAAGUGGAGUUCUGUCUGUGGCACUACUGAUAUCUGAUAUAAUCUGGGUUACAGGGACUCUAAUUGGCUUAGGUGCAACAAUGAGUGUGAUCCUGGAUUUGCCCUAUACUGUUUGCAUUUGGCUCUCUGCCGCAGUAGCCAUCAUCUACACACUUCUGGGAGGCCUCUACUCUGUAGCCUACACCGACAUCAUACAGCUAACCCUCAUAUUCUUCAGUUUGUGGUUAUGUGUCCCCUUCAUCCUUAUGAAUGCCCAUUCAGCUGACAUCACCAAGACUGCUUUCAACUUCACCUACCAGGCCCCCUGGAUUGGUUCAGUGGAUAAGGAAAGAGCAUGGAGGUGGAUUGAUAAUUUCUUGUUAUUGGCGUUUGGUAACCUUGGAUAUCAGGACUUCCACCAGAGGACCCUGUCAGCUGCCUCAUCAGCCACAGCCAGGAUCACCUGCUUUAUUGCAGCUCCCCUCAUCCUCAUACUCGGAAUCCCAUCCGUGUUGAUUGGAGCAGUCGCAGCAUCAACAGACUGGAACACGACUGUGUAUGGCUCCCCGUCCCCAUACGAGCGUGGAGAGGCCGGUCUGGUUCUGCCCAUUGCUCUGCAGCACCUCACACCACACUACAUCUCCAUCAUUGGUAUUGGAGCUAUAGCUGCUGCCGUGAUGUCAUCAACGGACUCGGCUUUAUUGUCAGCCGCCUCCAUCUUCACAUCCAACAUCUAUAAGAACAUCCUCAGGAACGAGGCAUCAGAAAGGGAGCUCCAGUGGGUAAUCCGUGCCACUGUGGUGUUGGUGGGCUUGGCUGGUACAGCGCUCACCUUCCUACACAACAGCAUUAUGGUUUUCUGGAUCCUGGGCUCAGGCAUAACCUACACCAUCAUGUUCCCUCAACUCGUCUGCGUCCUCUUCUUUAACAUCUCCAAUGGCUACGGCUCCGUCAUGGGCUUGCUAGUAGGAGUAUUACUGAGAGUGCUGAGCGGCGACCCAUCGAUAGGGUUGCCUAUUGUUCUCCACUUUCCAGAUUGCACUCUUGAGGAUGGCAUAUAUGUCCAGCACUCUCCUGUUCAGACGAUCUGCAUGUUGUCCAACAUGUUUGCCACUUUGUUGUUCUCCUCCCUGGCCUCACUGCUCUUCAAUAAAGGACUGAUUCCUGAGAGGUGGGACGUAUUUAAAGUGAAAACCCACAAACCAACCCAGAACUUAAUGCUAAUGAGCAAUGGUACCACCAAAACAGAUGAGGAGGAGAAAACUGAAGAUCAGAAUGAGACUGAAUUAAUGUUUACUACAAAUCAGCAGGAUUGAAAGAAAAAUGGUUUAAUGGGAUGCUAACGUGUUUUGUAUGGUGAUAUUUUAUCAUGUCUCUAUUUUUAUACCAAAUACUUUUCUCUUUGUAAAAUGAUAAUCUUGGUGACAGGGUGGUGUAAGAAUUAAUCUCUUGCAACAAGUGCAUGUGUAGUGAAUUUAUAAUACUUGCUUUGGCAAUGGUAGAAAGUAACUAAGUAUAUUUACUCAAGUCCUGUACUUAGGUACAAUUUUGAAGUACUUGUUCUUUAAUUGAGUAUUUCUAUUUUCUGUUAUACUUCUACUCCACUAUACUUCAGAGGGUGAUAUUGUACUUUUUACUCAAUUUCAUUUAUUUAAUAAUACAAAAUAUAAUUAACAAAUACUGUACAUAAUUAUGUUUUAAUAUAAGUUAAGAUUAGACUUUAUUGAUUCCGAUGGUAAAUUUACAAGCUAACACGCAGCAUAUAAAGUAAUUACAAUUACCAAUUACCAACUGCAGCAUUAACCUGAUGCCACAAUGCAUCAAUUAUAGAAUCCAAUAAUAAAACAUGCAUUGUUCUGAAAUGGGCCACUCUGCAUGUCGAUGACUUACUUUUGGUUACUUUCUGUAUAUCCUGUUGCCAAUACUUUUUUACUUAAGAAACAUUUUAAAUACAGGUCUUUUACCUGUAACAGUAUUUCCAGAGUGUGGUAUUGCUACUUUUAUUUUAGUAAGAUAUUUGAUUAUUUCUUCCACCACUGUGCUUUGAUGUAAUUUCUAUUUCAGUGGGGUUUGAUUAAAUGAGCCUGUUUACUUUUGUUACUGGGACAUGAUACUGGUGUGAUUUUAUGUUGAACUACAAUUAAUAAAUGCCCUAAUAAGAUAAAUAAAUUAAAAUGUGAAACUUCCUAUAAAUAUACAGUCAAAUAUGGGAUGAAUGCAAUUGUUGGAUAAAUCUAUAGACCAUA